AUGGCAUCAUCAUCGAGUAAUGUUAAAAAUAGAAAACCAUUGUCUGGCACAGAUGCUGCCAAAGCAACCGAAAACAAAAGAAAUCGAGUCAAGGGAUUAAACAGUGAAUUGUCAAAUGUCAAACAACAACUAGAGAUUACGAAAAAUGAUAAUAAAAAUUUGCUCGAGCUUAAGGAGCAACUUGAACAACGCCUUGAAGAUUGUAAAAAAAGUAAGGAGCAGAUCGAGCAACACCUUGAGGCUUAUAAAAAAAGAGUAGAAGAAACAUUAUAUUUGAAAGAUCUUAUUAUUUCGGGACUUGCUAGAAAAUUACAAUCUCACUGCUGUUGA